AUGGACGUGGAUGGGGCAAACCAGGAAGCCGAUCCAUCAGCAGCAACUGCAGGGGGCACGGUACCCCCAGCGCCUGCAGCACCCAUCCCAACGCCCCAGCAAGCAGCCGCUCCACCUUCGCCAGCGCCCGCCGCAGCGCGCGUCCCAACACCCCAGUCACCCCAGCAGCAAGCGCCCGUGCCCACUCCAGCACCCUCCACAGCACCCACCGGCGCGCCCAAGGCUGCAGAGGCCAAGGCGGACGGUCAGGGAAAUCGCACAAGCAUCGGCCAGGGGCACGACAGCGACUGGCUGCUGGAUGUCACUGGGUCUGUGCCGCAGAUCAAGGUUGUGAACACGGCCACUGGCAACAAGCGCAUUCCGAAGAAGUCACUCGUUCGCUUCGAGGCCGUCGGUCCGUUCGGGCACAGUGCCACCAGAUUCUAUUCCUCUCGAUUUGCCAGCACUGUUGUGGAUGUUGCCAAGAACAAGCGAAUCAUGACGAUGAAAGAGAUGAUUGAAGACUACAAUAUCAACACCGUGCAUGGGUACAAGUCCUUCCCGCAGGGCAAAUCCCCCGGCAAGUUGGAGUUGGAUGGCUUGCCAUGGUACCUGACCGACUUGUCUGAAAAUUGCCAAAGGCAUCACUAA